UCGCGGCGGCCUCUCGCGCAACAACCCUCUCGCGAUGGUUAUCGAUCCCCUCUAGAGAGUACUUAUACUGUAACGGAUCUCGCAAGAACUCGACGACCUGGAGGUCAGGCGGUCCACACCCGGAUGAAGCCCAGCUGAAGGAGUCAGCGUCAUUCAGGACGGCAUAGAGUGGGCUUAUGGGGUAUUUAUCAGGCGGGUAUGCCUCUGGGCACUAUAUAUUUCGUUCCACUUCUCUUCCUCCACCAUAUGGGGCAGCAGCGGCUCAAAAGGGAACGUCAAAUCUGGCCCCAGGCACCCCGGAACUUGAUCUUCUUUGGGGCACUCUCGAUCUCUACAUUGCUUGCGUAGUUCGGCAGAGUUUCCAUCAGGAAUUCCGCUACGAUGAGAUUGUGGGGCUGUUGCCGCAUCCGAACAACCUCGCAUUCGCUUGCCAUUUCCGCCUUUCGGUGUUGCAGAUUCUUCGCUGGACGAUUGAGUUGGCGAUUUUCGUGGUGGUGGGGGGUCGGGGAGAGAAUUUGGAACAAACAUUGGUCCCUAGACCCUCCCACACCUCACCUUGCAUCCCGGCAAGACGAGGUGCUGGAAUAAUUGUCCAUGUUGUGCUAUCCCAUGAAAUCCGUUGCCGGCAAAAUCCGUUGCCGGCGGCCGGAUCGGAGUCGUCUCGGACGCAGAGGACUGUUCGCGGCCGUAUUGACCUACCGCGGCAACGAGGUGGCUACGGCAUUGAGUGAGAUCGUACCGAGUGCUAUGCUGGUGAGCUAGUACACAUUGAACGACAUGAAAGUGGCCCCCUAACGUCCGGGGGAACCACUGAUCGGGACUCAGACGGUUCCGCCGCUCACGAUACCCCACAGGGCCGCCAAGGCGAGGAGCCCAUUGUGUCUGAUACAGUCGUUUCAGUCGUUUCAGUCACUCUCUGCGCUUGUCCAAAGUCUCCGAUUACGAGUCCACGAAUGAGGUCCGGC